ACUUUGUGACUUUGGCGUAAACUUCAGACGCAGCCCCCUUUCCUGUCUUCACAUCAAGGAAAUAAGUUGAGUUUCGGAGAAACCAGCUGCUGAGAGCACAACAGGCCUUCCGGGCCUGGUCCCUGCCGGCUUGGGCCUUUGAGUCGCUGCUGGUGUGUCCAGAACCAGCUGUUGACGUUGGGGACCAGAGAUCUUACAGGUGGAGCAUUUGCCUCCAUAUCAUCGGCAAAACUCCAGGGUCUGGCGAGGCACAGGGGCGGCGGCGGCGAUGCCGGACCCCGCGGCGCACCUGCCCUUCUUCUAUGGCAGCAUCUCGCGCGCCGAGGCGGAGGAGCACCUGAAGCUGGCUGGCAUGGCCGACGGGCUCUUCCUGCUGCGCCAGUGCCUGCGCUCGCUGGGCGGCUACGUGCUCUCGCUCGUGCACGAUGUGCGCUUCCACCACUUCCCCAUCGAGCGCCAGCUCAACGGCACUUACGCCAUCGCUGGCGGUAAGGCGCACUGCGGCCCCGCCGAGCUCUGCGAGUUCUACUCGCGCGAUCCCGAUGGGCUGCCCUGCAAUCUGCGCAAGCCGUGCAACCGGCCGUCCGGGCUCGAGCCGCAGCCCGGGGUCUUCGACAGCCUGCGCGACGCCAUGGUGCGCGACUACGUGCGCCAGACGUGGAAGCUGGAGGGCGAGGCCCUGGAGCAGGCCAUCAUCAGCCAGGCUCCCCAGGUGGAGAAGCUCAUUGCCACCACAGCUCACGAGCGGAUGCCCUGGUACCACAGCAGCCUGAGUCGCGAGGAGGCAGAGCGCAAACUCUAUUCGGGCUCACAGACCGACGGCAAGUUCCUGUUGAGGCCCCGGAAGGAACAGGGCACUUACGCACUGUCCUUGAUCUAUGGGAAAACCGUGUACCACUACCUCAUCAGCCAGGACAAGGCAGGCAAAUACUGUAUUCCUGAGGGGACGAAGUUUGACACGCUCUGGCAGCUGGUAGAGUACCUGAAGCUGAAGGCUGAUGGGCUCAUCUACUGCCUGAAGGAUGCCUGCCCCAACACCAGUGCCAGCGCCAGCUCAGAGGCUGCUGCUCCCACACUCCCAGCUCACCCAUCCACGUUCAAUCAUGCUCAGAGACGGAUUGACACCCUCAACUCAGAUGGAUACACCCCUGAACCAGCACGCCUAGUGUCCGCAGAGAAGCCGCGGUCAAUGCCCAUGGAUACAAGUGUGUAUGAGAGCCCCUACAGUGACCCUGAGGAGCUCAAGGACAAGAAACUCUUCCUGAAGCGUGAGAACCUCCUCAUGGCUGACAUAGAACUUGGCUGCGGCAACUUUGGCUCAGUGCGUCAGGGCGUCUACCGUAUGCGCAAGAAGCAGAUUGACGUCGCCAUCAAGGUGUUGAAGCACAGCACGGAGAAGACAGACAAGGACGAGAUGAUGCGCGAGGCGCAGAUCAUGCACCAGCUGGACAACCCCUACAUCGUGCGUCUCAUCGGUGUCUGCAAGGCCGAGGCCCUCAUGCUCGUCAUGGAGAUGGCCGGCGGCGGGCCCCUGCACAAGUUCCUGCUUGGGAAGAGGGAGGAGAUCCCAGUCAGUAAUGUGGCAGAGCUGCUACACCAGGUGUCCAUGGGGAUGAAGUACCUGGAGGAGAAAAAUUUUGUGCACCGUGACCUGGCGGCCCGCAACGUCCUGCUGGUCAACCGGCACUAUGCCAAAAUCAGUGACUUCGGCCUAUCCAAGGCGCUGGGUGCCGACGACAGCUACUAUACUGCCCGCUCGGCAGGGAAGUGGCCGCUCAAGUGGUAUGCGCCGGAGUGUUUCAACUUCCGCAAGUUCUCCAGCCGCAGUGACGUCUGGAGCUAUGGGGUCACCAUGUGGGAGGCCUUCUCCUAUGGCCAGAAGCCCUACAAGAAGAUGAAGGGCCCCGAAGUCAUAAGCUUCAUCGAGCAGGGCAAGAGGAUGGAGUGCCCACCAGACUGUCCACCUGAAAUGUACACACUCAUGAGUGACUGCUGGAUCUACAAGUGGGAGGACCGCCCAGACUUCCAGGCUGUGGAGCAGCGCAUGCGGACCUACUAUUACAGCUUGGCGAGCAAGGCUGAGGGGGCCCCAGGGCCUGGAAAGGGAGCGGAGACUGCUCUUGCCUGAGCGCCAGCCUGCCUGGGGCCUGUGAGCCUCGAUGCCCCAGCUUCAGCCCCCACCCUAGGACCUCCAGUCUGGCUCCAUCACUUCAGCUUUCCUGCCCAAACCAGCUGGGCUGUCUGUAGUAAGGCAGGCAGCUGAAGCCUCAGGGUAAUACUGACCUAGCUCUCCCCACCUGGUCACCCGUCCUCUCUGGCUGGGGGAGGAGGGAGGGCCCUGGGAGGGUGGGGUUGCAUAGCCUGCUCUUGGGCUGGUAUCUACUGGGGAUCCCUGAGCUGAGGGAGCAUUGCUUACAGUAAGCACCCUCCUUCCUCUGGCGCCUGGAGGGGAAGACUCUGGGAAUUCUCAGGUGGCAAGACCUCAAUCAUUUAAAUAAACUCAGCUUCUCUCUUG